AUGCAGCUCUGGUCUCACGAGGCGACCCAAGACGCCAUAAAGCAAGACGCCCAAGCCCAAAACCAAGAAGCACAAACCCUCCGCGAGAUGCUCAACAGCAAACCCAAGACGAACGAUGAGCCUCACGAGUCAUCGCCGCCCGCGAUACCCAUCGCGCUCUGCGGCAAGGCGGAGCGGAUCGGCCGUGGCGUCAUCGCGGGUCUGAAGCCGGAAUACGAAGUCAUCCACUUCAUCACAUCGCCUGCCUCGGGCGCCGUGAUCCUCCCCGCCCUCCUCGCUGCCCAACCCCCGCCUUCACAUCCGGAGACCAGCACGAUCGGCAGCGGCAACUACGCCGCCGCCCCGCGCGUCGUGGUCCUCGGCGGCGCGUUCGACGAGGCCGCGACCGCGGUCCUCCAGACGGCAGUCGCCCACGCGCGGGCGCAGUCCGCGGACGUGAGGACGGUCCCCUGGCUGAGGCAGGACUCGAGCAAGCCGGCGCCGCCGAUCGGGCCGGAGUACGGCCAGGCCAUGGUUGUGAGGGUGAAGGAGGCGCUGGCGAGGUUGGAGGGGGAGGGGAAGCUGGACGGGAGCUACGGAGGUGACGAGUGGUACUGA